AUGAGUAAGCACAGUGCCAACUUUGGUGGUACCGUUGGUUGGGAUGAACAAACUGUUAUCGGCAAACGUGCACCACGAGCUGGGGAGUUAAAAACGGAAUCAGCUAUUGCUGCUGCUCAACGUGCUGGUAUUGCCAUCGAUACAUCCAAAAAAUACGCGGCUGGACACAACAAGCAACAUGAAGCGGCAAAAAAUACUGCUGCUCUCGAUCGUGAAACCGAAGAACUACAUCAUAAUCGAGUCAAUACAGAUGUGGCACGAGCUAUUCAACAAGGCCGCAUAGCUAAAGAAUGGACACAAGCUGAUUUAGCUCGACAUAUUAACGAAAAGCAGCAAGUCGUCAAUGAAUACGAACAAGCGAAGGCGAUUCCCAAUCAACAAGUUUUAAGUAAAUUGGAACGUGCUUUGGGUAUCAAAUUACGCGGUAAAGAUGUUGGACAACCGUUAAGCACCGGACCAAAAAAGAAAUAA